CAAAAUUGGUCAAAAUUUAUUUCCUUUUAGAGCAGAUGAAACAAAAAAUACUGUGGUAAACAGUUUAUCCAUAAUAACUAAUCACUAAUCUGUGUUUUUAUUUUUACUUUCUUUAUGCUGAAACAACAAGAAUAUUACUCAUACAUAUUGUUUUGGGUUUUCAAUAAAGAAAUAUAUGCAGUACUUGUCUCCAAAAAAAGGAAAAAUGAAAAAAACAAAAGGAGAAAGAAACAUAACACUCACUAUUAGAGAAAUAUAAAUUGCAAUGGGCCAUUGAAAGUUGAUCCAAGAGCAUUUUGUUAAGUUUAUACCUGUUCUGGGCCUCUUGGAAAUAAGCCCAAAAUAAAUGAUCCCCAAGACCUUUAUAUAACUUUCUCCCCGGAAAAACCCUAGGUCAUUUCUUGGCUGCUGCUUUGUCGUUGCCGUUUUGUUGAAUCCGAAGAAACCACUGAGCCAUCAGGUGAAGAUUCUCCACUUAAAAUGAGUAAAGGAAGCAGCGGUGCGGCCGUGAAAGGCGGGAAGAAGAAAGGAUUGACCUUCGUGAUCGACUGCUCUAAGCCGGUGGAGGACAAGAUCAUGGAAAUAGCAGCCCUGGAGAAAUACCUCCAAGAACGCAUCAAAGUCGGCGGCAAGCCCGGCGCUCUCGGAGAUUCCGUCACCGUCGCUCGUGACAAGUCUAAGAUCACCGUCACCGCUGACUCCAACUUCUCCAAGCGGUACUUGAAGUACUUGACUAAGAAAUACCUUAAGAAGAACAAUGUGCGUGAUUGGCUUCGUGUGAUUGCCUCCAACAAGGAUCGAAAUGUUUAUGAGUUGAGGUACUUCAACAUUGCUGAGAACGAGGCUGAGGAAGAAGAUUAAUCGCAUUGGUGUAGGAGGCUGCUUUUCUUAUUUGCUCUACUCUGUAGUAGUUAUACUCUGUUUCUUACUGGUUGAAGCUGUCAGAUGCUUAUAUAUUGUGUCGUCUUGGAAAUUUUGAAUGUUCAGCUGUUUUUCCGUAUGGGAACUUAGAAAGUUUUCGAGAGUAAAGUGAUUCCUCCUCAUUCGUUAGAAGUUUUUGAGUUUUGACAUGCUUCAGUUUGAUGUGGUAAUUAAGUGCAUUCUCUGGAUCCGUGGAGAAUUCUCCAUAUUGAUUUCUUUAUGAACGUGCUAAUGACAAAAUAAAUCUCGUAGUGCCUGGAACUUGGAAUUAUAGCUUGACAAGAACACCUUAU